GGUUCCCCUUUCAUUGCAGAUUAAGAUGGAAUAACCAGAAUACUAAGGUAUAUAUAUGAUAGGAAUCUGAAUUGGAAUACUAAAGUAAACAGAACAAAUAUUUACAAAAGGUUCUAUUAAUGACAAUUUACAUGAAGAGGAGUCAACACUGGAAUAUGAAGACGAAUAUGAUUAUGGAAUUCAUUCUGUUCUAUCUUUCCGUGUUUGUAAUCUGUGGAGAAAGUCUGCAGCAGCUUAUGGCUGAGAAAGACACAGUAGUGAAAAUAUCAGCUGCAGGGAAUUUGAUUCAGUGUUCAGCGGCCAUUGAUGUUGUUUUCCUUCUGGAUGGCUCCUAUAGUAUCGGAAAAGGAAGCUUUGAAAGAUCAAAACAUUUUUCAAUGAAAAUGGUUGAUGCAUUGGACAUCAAUCCAGACCGGGUACGAAUUGGAGUGAUACAGUAUAGUUCCAAAGCAAUAUUAGAAUUUGCUCUUAAUAUUUACCCUACAAGAGAAGAAAUGAAGGAAGCGAUCAAAAAUAUUUACUUCAGAGGUGGGAGCACUGACACUGGUCGAGCCGUAAAGUAUGUUCUAAGGAAAGGCUACAGAGGAGGAAGAAAAGAUACACCCAAAAUCCUAAUCCUGCUGACGGAUGGAAAAUCACAGGACAAUAUCAUGGCUUCUGCUGCUUUUGCCAAGAAAAGUGGAAUAAAACUAUUUGCAGUGGGAAUCAAACAUCCAAAAUGGGAAGUUCUUCACAGAGUGGCCAGCAAUCCCAGUGAGCUGUAUGUCUUUUUUGCUGAACAAUAUGAUGAUGCAGUCAAUGGACUUGUCACAACAUUAACACAGACAUCUGUUUGCAAUGAUAUUCAUCCUACUUGUAAAGUGGUGUCACACUACUGCCUUAGAACCACUAUAGAAGCUCACAGAGAGUACCAGGGAAAUCAUGUGUGCUGGAAAAGUAAAGUCAAAGGAUUACAUGGAGGUCCUCUGGCCAGUAUGUGUCCUUACUAUGGAUGGAAACGUAUAAACAGAACAUUACAAAGUCGAUGUCACCGUACACUGUGUCCAGAUCCCUGUGAAUCCAGCCCUUGUUUAAAUGGAGGCACCUGCAUUACAGAAAGCGUGGAGGAUUUCAGUUGUCUUUGCCCACUAGGAUAUGGAGGUGACCAGCAUUGUGCUGGAAACAGAUACCUUAUACCUGCAGGUCUAGUGGAUUGUGCAGUGGACCUGUUCUUCCUGAUAGAUGGAUCAUGGAAUAUGGGCCUUGAAGAGUUUCUUAUAGCUAAAGAUUUCAUCAAGAGACUCAUCCAGUUUGUCGCUUCAACUUCUGUCAAAGUUCUGGUUGGGAUCGCUCAGUAUGGGGACAUCCCAGUUAUGGAAAUCCCUAUUGGUCAUUACGGCAGUGUGUCAGACUUGACGAAGGCCAUCGAUGUCAUCCACUUCAUGGGAGGAAAAACAUUCACUGGGAAAGCCCUGACGUACACCGCUGAAAACGCAUUCAGAGCUGACCGAGGUUCUAGAAUGGAGGUUCCUCAUGUCCUGGUCCUGCUGUCUAAUUCUAAAUCACACGAUUCAGUGAUAGCUGCAGCAGAGAGCACCAGAAAAAUGGAAAUAUUCACUCUGACAGUGAGCAGGAAAAAAUUGUUCAAUGAAAUGAGCCACAUCACUGGGGAUCCCCGUCUGGUCUUUACGUAUGCUCAACCACAAGAGUUGUACAGCAAAGUGCAAGAAAUCAGAACAACAAUUUGUGGGCUAAAUGCCCCAGGUUGUUAUUCAAAGCCCCUGGACCUGGUAUUUGCUUUGGAUUCAUCAAAUAAUGUCGGUCGGCAUGGCUUUCGGCAAAUUAAAAGUUUUGUCAAGAGUGUAAUUUCCCAGUUUGACAUUGAUGCUGAGCUCACACAAAUUGGAAUGGUUCUAUACAGUGACAAACCUCGAACAGCAUUCGGCUUAGAUAGCUUUGACAGUGAAGGGAAAAUGAAGAAAAGUGUGAGCUUUGCUCCUUAUUUGGGUGGAGCUGCUCAGACAGGUAAAGCUUUGCUUUACAUCUCAGAAGACACCUUAAGUAUCCAGAAAGGUGCUAGGCCAGGAGUCCAAAAGGUGGUUGUUGUAGUAACUGAUGGACAAAGUUCAGAUGAUGCCAUUCUCUUUGCGGAUCAACUGAGACGACGUGGAAUAACAGUGCUUUCAGUUGGGCCUGGAGCUGUGCAAUCCCAGACUCUUUUGAGAUUAGCUGGCAGCUCCAGCUUUAUGAUUCCUGUUCCUUCCUAUGAACAUCUAAAGCAUUAUGUGACAAAUUUAGUACGCAAGAUAUGUGAAGCUGGAAUGCCUUCUGUCAGUUUGUGUCUACCCAAUCCCUGUCUGAAUGGGGGAAUCUGUCUGCAGAGAAAUAGAAGCUAUAGCUGCCAAUGCUAUGGUUGGAGAGGAGCACACUGUGAGGGACGUAUGUCAACUCGUUUCUAACUUCAGCAGAAUUUGCCAAUUUUCAUUGCAAAAAAUAAGUACCUUCUAAAUAGUAACUCUUAUGCUGUGGUAAACUAAGAUUGUUCUAGACCUAAUAUAAAGGAGCAUCAUUAUCCACAAAUGUAUAAGCAAACCCACAGAGAUACUGUAGACAGUGUGAAAUAUGUCUUAAGUUUUAUAAUAUUUCUAAAGAUGUGCACCAUUACAUUUGUUUACAAGGGAGAAAUAGCUAUAUUAAACCUAUUAAUAUGAGUGGUUUGGGAGAUUACAAAUGCAUUAGUUCCACUAAUCAGUGAAUUUGCUUGGAGCACAUAUGAAGUCAUAUAUUGUAGAUCCGAAAUGACUGCUUUUCUAAGUCUUUUUAAAGAAUAAGCACAUGAUGAAAAAGAAAAAAAACUUGGUAAUUUGGCUCAAUAAAGACAAUAAUGAGCAGAUUUACAUUAUCCAGAGCAGAGCUGGAAUGAAAACCUGCACACUGGCCCCACAGGACCAGCUGAAUGACCCUGGUCUACAUGUACAGCAUGUCAUCAGCCAACUGUGACCAAAAUUCCCCAUGUGGAAGUGCACUAUUGACUAAGUACCGCUGAAAUGAUCUGCAAAUUGCCUGAUGACUCUAGUGUUUCCAGUGUUGGGAGUGAGUCUAGUCAAUCUUAAAUCUCCUACAGGCUCUGUGCAGCAUGCAAUGCGUGUAUGCAUGCAUAACUUUUGUAGGAAAGCAUUCAUUGUACUCACCCCAACAGAUGCUAGAAAGUAAUAAUUGUGUCAAUGAUGGUUAAUAACAGGUAAAUCUAAAUUGGAAGGAAUUUAAAAGCCUGUAAGAGAUCUCUCUGGUGGUUUAAUCCCUUAACUGACACUCGAGAUUCAGUUGCCCUCUUACAAAGAUGUAAAAUAGCAACAUUUAAAAUACUGUUGGUGAUUUAUACACAUUCUGUAGUUACAGGGCUUAGUUUUAUUGGGGGGUAUAAAUUUACAGGGUUCUGGUGUAGUUCUGUGGAUACCAGUAGGAACAGUGGGAAAUAAAUAUUUCUGGUUUUAUGUCUGUUACAGUGUAUAAUAUUAUUUUUAUUUGUAAUUACUUUUUGCUCUUUUUUUGUACUGUUUGCAUAUUGUGAAAUGUUCUGUGUGUAAAAUAGCUGCUUUGAUGCAUGACAAAUUUCUGAGAAAUCACAAUAAAAGUAUAAGUGUAUUGUA